AUGGCCAGGCAGAAGUUGGACUGGCAGCAGGAGCUGGUUAAAGACUUGACCAAAGAAAGGGUCUUCCUGCUGGAACAACUGGCUAUGACAGCAAGAAAAAAGGUCAAGGGCAGUCCACCCCAGGCGAAGAAGUGCCAGUCGCAGGGAGCCGACUCAACCGACUCGUCCAAGUCGGGGCCUGAUUCUUCGCACUCUUCUUCCGACUCUUCUUCCGACUCUUCCUCCGACUCUUCCUCCUCGGAUGAGGGACGGAAGAAGAAGAAGAACAGCAGGGGAAAAGGACGGAAGCAGGGGAAAAGGGCAAAGAACCGGAAGGGGCAAGGUGUUUACCAGCGAGCUAAAGAUCCUGAAGAGGUGGUGGCCCGGUACCGCAAGGUGCUGAAAAUCUGCAGGAAGGGAAGAACCAUGGGGGCAGCCUUCAAAGCUGUGGGGGUCGACCGCAACACCAUUGUUGUAAAUGCCCCCAUGGCAGAGCUGUGCAUUGCUGCCCCAGAGGCGUAUGCAGAGCUAAAAGUGAGCGCCCCCAAAAAGGAGAAGCUCUCCAGUUUUGCACAGAGGUGCAAGGAUGCCAUAGACGUGGACGAAAACAUUGUUACCCGAAUCAAAGAAUAUAAAGACUCUGGCAAACUUUUGCCAAUUACUAAAAAAAACUAGCUGAUCCCCUUAUUUAAAGUUACGUUGUUGUUGUUGUUGCUGUUGUGUUAGAUAUUAGAUUAUUAGAAUGCAUGUUUAAAGUGAAUUCAUUGUCAGUGUGUUUUUUUAAAUAAAUGUUUUACAA